AUGUCGUUUUAUUUUAUAUUGUCGAGACGUGGUCGCCCGCGCAAAUCCAGAUCUCAAGUUGAGGGUAACUCAAAUCCUAACCCCAAUCCAAUGGAUGGUGAAAGUGAACCCAAUAUUGUUGAUGUGGUCCGUCAGACCAUGUCAAGUAUCAUGCCUACAUAUCUGCAGCAAGCUAUUCAGGCUAUGCAACAAGCAGCGCAAAAUCUUCCUUCAAACCCAAAUCCUGUUCCUACACCAAAUACUGGAAUUCCUGCAUCCAGUUCGGGUAACCCAAUGGGUGAAAUAUAUAUAUGGCUUGAAAGGUUUAACAAACAAAAACCUCAGUCUUUCUCAAUUUCCAUAGAUUCUGUGGAUGCCGAACAUUGGAUUCGACACAUAGAAAAAAAUUUCAAUGUCUUAGAGGUUCCAGAUCAGUAUCGGGUCCGUUUGGCUACUUAUAUGUUUGAGAAAGAAGCCAAUAACUGGUGGGAAUCUUGUAUCCAAACUGAUCCAUCUGUUAAAGACUUGUCUUGGAAUAAUUUCAAAGAAUUUUUCUUCAAGCAAUACUUUACCUCGGCUGAUCGCGAUGCUUAUGUGCGGGAAUAUGCUACUAUCCAACAAGGCGAGGAAGAAACAAUUACUGACUACAUGGUGCGGUUUCUUAAAUUUUCUCGUUUUGCAGGAAAUACUGCAGGCACUCAAGUCCAACAAGCUGACAAAUUUAAAUGGACUUUGAACUCGAGGUAUAAAGAUCGUCUCUUGAAUCAUCCUUUUAAUACCGUUACUGAAGUGGCCGACGCUGCAAAKAAUAUUGAUCGGUCACGACAACAAUGGUUAACUUCACGCGUUGAAAAUAAGAAACGCAGAUCUGAAUCUUUCUACCGAAGCAACCCUCAUUUUGUAAAAUCAAAGUUGAGUAACGAUACUAAAAAAAGCUCGAGUCUAUUCAUGCCACGACUUCCAUUGUUAUCUAGUAGUGGGAGUCAAAAUGUUUCUAGCCCUAUUAUUAGUUGUGAUCGAUGCAAUCUAAAACAUCGACUGGGUCCGUGUUUAAGGAUGACCGGUUCCUGUUUCAAUUGUCGAAAACAAGGUCACAUGCCAAAAGAUUGUCCCAAAGCUCAGAUCCAAACUGACAAAGGGAAAGGUAAACAUCCAAGUAUUAGUGGACGAGUCUUUGCAUUACCUGGCAGCAAAUCUCAACCGGGUAUGAUUUCGGGUCAUGUUAAAUUAAUUGAUUUAUCUGUUUAUGUUUUGUUUGAUACUGGUGCGACACACUCAAUUGUUUCUGAACAAUUAAAAUCCCGAUUAAAACCAUACGAGCAAACCACCGAUUUUCCAGUGGUAAUAUCUACUCCAAUGGGUGGUUCAAUYUGUGUSCUAACUCRUUUUUCCAACUGUCCGUUGCUUAUUGGGGACUGCAUACGAGAGGUCACUUUGCUUCCAAUGCAUAUGUCCUACUUCGAUUUAAUAUUGGGUAUGGACUGGUUGUCAUGCCACCGGGCAACAAUAGGCUGUAAUGCUAAACAAAUUCUAUUUGGGGAUAUAGACAACCCAGAGGCAAUAUUCCAAGGACGUACUCCAAAAGAAGAUGUUAGUGCAGUAGUCUCUAUUACUGUGAAGCAAUAUACAUGGCAAAACAAUGAAA